UCCACUCAAUAAAUCUGGGUCAGCAGAAGGUAAAGUCAAGCUACAGUUGCUGUAUGUGUAGAACAAAUUUUAAAAAGUUGUGUUUAAACCAACCUUUAGCCUGGUGUUGUGAGAGCCCGGUUUGGAAGCUACCCUCAUUACGGAGGAGUAAGAUUUAAGUGGACGAGAGCUCAAAGACGCAGAUUUGAAGAUUUCACCCAGAAAAUGGAACUCCAGGACCAUACGAUGAGCGAUUGGAGCCAAUACUAUUUACCACCUACAAGUGUGAACCACCACUUUCUCUUUAGUGAUUUGAAAAGCAGCUGUAUGUGGCCGCAGGGCAAAUCAGAUGCAUACUGCAACAUCUGGGCCGAUAUUGAACCGGCAAGAAUGAAAAGCUGUAGCAGUGGGUCUUUUGCUAUGGAUGCUAGAAUAAGACUGGACAGUUUGAAAUCUGGGUGCAAUCCACCCUUGCCUUACUGUGCCACCAGCAGGAUGUUGCACAAUUAUAGCUGUGAAAAACACUCUUGGGACAGUGAAGAGUUGCAGGAAGAAGAGACUGCUUUGGACCUGGUGGAAAUCCUUGACAUAGCGGAUGAAGAGCAGGAUGAGGAGAGCUGGCUGUACGAGUCUCCAAGGAAGCAUUCGUUUGUAGAGAAAAAGGAAUCUGCUUUUAAAUGGUGUCGACAUGUCCUUGAUAAUCCCAGCCCUGAGAUGGAAGCUGCAUGCCGUGUACUGACAAAAAUGCUGGAUCAAGGAUCAAGACGUGAGCUCCACAAACGUCCUGCAGUUUCCUAUCAUGCUGCCAGUGUCCCUGUGGGCUCCUCUGUGAAUAAAACUUCUGCCAGCGCAGCAGCAAAUACACCUGACAGUUCAGGUCACAGUGAGCCAAGCAUCUCCCUGGAUGUUGUAACAAAGAGCUACAGGCUACAAGAUGUCCGCAUCAUGGCUCAACUGCAGGAAGCCAGUUUGAGGCAGGACUUUGUCUCCAUGCCUUCCACUGCUUCACAGAGGAGAAACCCUGAGCCUCCAUUGAUGCUUCCACCCUCUUUUAACACCACUGAUGAAAACACUGCUUACUCAACUCCAGGAAAUAAAUCCGAAACCUCUUCCAUAUCAGCAGUUAAGGAGUGCUGCCACAGUCCCAGACCAUCCAGACUUCAUCAACAAGUCACCCAAUUCAAGCUGCUUAAACGCGCCCAGAACCAAGCAGCAGCAUCACCAGGCAGGACGAGGUCGCCCCUGCGUACCAGCCUCCGCUCCCUCCAGGCUGUUAGGAACAGCCGAAGUUUAGACAUCGAUGACUGCCAACCUGCUGACCAAACAGCUUACCUUCCAUCAGAUCUGUCAUCUGCCAGGGGGGAGGGCUUAAGUUGCUGGUUGCCAUCAUUUUCCCCAGCUUCAUUGAACUCUGGCAGCUUGUUGCAGUCGAUGAAAAGCUCAUCAGUCCGGACAGCGGCUGUGAAGAAGAUGAACAGGUCUCACUCUCUCAGCCCCUGCCGGAUUCCUCAGUCUGCUAAAGGAUGCUUGUCUGUCCACAGACGUGUUUUUACCUCACCUGAGAGGCUAACCACUGUAGCUUGGGGCAGAAAUUUGCCUGUUCAGAGAUAAAAGAUUUACCCUGUGGGUUAACCUGGGAUAAAAUAAUAAUUAUGUGAUGCAAUGUAAUUAUUUACUUCUGUGGUUGAUAAGCCUCUGCAAUCUCAUGAAUACAUUUAGAUUGUGAAAGAAUUUGGGCCUAUAUUAGAAGCCUUUGUGGUAUGCUGCUCAGGGCAAAAAUAUGCUGUUUCAGUUACAUGUGCAAGGAUCUGGUUCAUCUUUCUCAGUAAGAGAUUCUUGGUAAGAGGCAGGCAGUCACAACCAGAGUGCUCUAAAUCAUGUGGAUUAUUGUAGAAAUUUUGUGUUAAAGUCACAGGAAUGUAGAAAAGUAAGGAGCACUGAUAUGCUGAUAAAUUCACCCAUAUGAGACAUCUUAGAAAUACUGAAAGUAGAGCCAGUAGGUUGUAUUAUCAGUGGCUUUGCAAGCAUGCUACAGCUCAUGUGCACAAACUACGUUCCAUACAUAGAUUACAAGUAUGAAUAUAGACAUCAGUGUGGUCGAUGAGCUGAAUGAGCAGCUCUCUGCAGAGCUGUUGCAACAGGAAGUGUGCUGUUUGUCAUCGUCAAGUACGAAACACUAAACGGCCAUCCUUUACGUAGUAGUUGGAGUUGUUAAACAAUCUGAUAUCACAAACAAAGCGAAAGACACUGCGUUGCGUUUCCAGGAAACAGAGAUGUGGGUUGCUUCUUCCCAGAAGCUUUUCAUUGUUGUUCACUACUUCAGAGGCCACCUUUGUUUGCUAAUGCUUUUGUAUCGCUGAGCAUCAUUUAUUUUAACCCAAUUGACAUAUUUCUCCAAGAUUUUUCAGAGUAACCUGAAUCCUUACCCAAACAUCAGCUUGUGCACUUGGCAUGGAAUUAUCUUUGAGUUAUUACUUACUUGUAGGGGAUGGUGUAUUUCUCCAUUUUAUGUUCCUAGAUGUCAGCUCGGGCCCAGUGGUCUUUACAUUGACCUUUCUUUUUAUUAAUAAUGUCUCAUUUUCAAUUAAAAUAGGAGACAAAAGCCACUGUGCAGAUGCUUAUCAUGGUAAUAGUAAAUAAAUGACAGCGCGUUAUAGUAGCUGAGAUAAUGCACAGUGAAACCUGACAGUGUGUGCUGGAGUACCCUCUGCUGUUCACUGUGUUUAUGACCUUGUUCAUGAAUUCAUUUAACAGCAGCUCCAGUGUGUCACUAAAUGUCAGGCACUAUAAGAACACCACAUAGUUGAGAAAAUGAAAUGCAUACAGAAGUGUCAUAAUUUGAUCAGCUUGCGCUUGUUUUAUUUAUAACUGUUUUUUGUUGGUGUGUCAAAGUAUCUACAAAAAUUUUCCAACUGUAACCACAGUGAUUAAAGUCCUGUCAUAUUCCACCUCAAUGAUUACUUUCCAUCACUUGUACUUUAUGUUUGAUGAUAAAUGACUAGAGGGAUUGGACAAAUAUUAACACAAGUUAAAUAUUAACAUAUCAAAAGGGAAGUUGAA